CUCCCUGCAGCCCCAGGCCUCUCCUUCUGAUGAAAAGAGAAAGGAAGAAUGGACUACAGUCACCAAACUUCCCUGGUCCCCUGUGGACAAGAUAAAUACAUUUCCAAGAAUGAACUUCUCUUGCAUCUGAAGACCUACAAUUUGUACUACGAAGGCCAGAAUUUGCAGCUCCGGCACCGAGAGGAAGAAGAUGAGUUCAUCGUGGAAGGACUGCUGAACAUCUCCUGGGGCCUGCGCCGGCCCAUUCGUCUGCAGAUGCAAGAUGACAACGAGCGCAUCCGUCCCCCUCCGUCUUCUUCCUCCUGGCACUCCGGCUGUAACCUGGGGGCCCAGGGCACCAUCCUGAAGCCCCUCACCACGCCCAGCAUUCAGAUCUCAGAGGUGGAUGCACCGCCCGAGAGUGACCAGACACUGAGUACCACAGACGCCAGGGGUCUGAAGCCCCUGCAGGAAGACACCCCACAGCUGAUGCGCACACGCAGUGAUGUCGGAGUGCGUCGCCGGGGCAAUGUGAGGACACCUAGUGAUCAGCGGCGAAUCAGACGCCACCGCUUCUCCAUCAAUGGCCAUUACUACAACCAUAAGACGUCGGUGUUCACGCCGGCCUAUGGCUCCGUCACCAACGUCCGCAUCAACAGCACCAUGACCACCCCGCAGGUCCUGAAGCUGCUGCUCAACAAAUUUAAGAUUGAGAAUUCGGCGGAGGAGUUUGCUUUGUACGUGGUCCAUACCAGUGGUGAGAAACAGAAGCUGAAGACCACUGAUUACCCCCUGAUUGCCCGAAUUCUCCAGGGCCCAUGUGAGCAGGUCUCCAAAGUGUUCCUUAUGGAGAAGGACCAGGUGGAGGAAGUCACCUAUGAUGUGGCCCAGUAUAUAAAGUUCGAGAUGCCUGUUCUUAAAAGCUUCAUUCAGAAGCUCCAAGAGGAAGAAGAUCGGGAAGUAAAGAAGCUGAUGCGCAAGUACACCGUGCUGCGGCUGAUGAUUCGGCAGAGGCUAGAGGAGAUAGCAGAAACCCCCGCAACAAUCUGAGCCACCGGAGUGAGGGGAUCCAGACACCCCAGGAGCCACCAUUGACAUGAGCAGACCCACAGAAGGCCGGAUGCCUUCUUUCCAUGGAAAUGUUUAAAUGUAAACCUCUCCAGCUCUGGACAAGCCACCGUUUGCUACCUGGAGCAGGAUGAAGACGUCAGCAGACAGCUCCCCAUCCCUGAACCCUGUUCUCCUUUCAUUCACUCACAAGGACUUUUGAUUUAAGGAGGACUCCAAAUGCAUGUGCGUGUUUUUACACUUGCGUGCAACACGCACGCGAUACGUGUCUAUGUGCCUACCUGACAUUUUCACAUGUGAUUAAAUUCCAAGCAACCAGCACAAGUGCCAUGAGGCUGGCCCAGAAGUGCUGCCUGUGGGCAGGAAAAUCAGAGGAGAUGCUGAUCUGAAGGGUUUUACAUCAAAGAAAACCUCAAGUGCCAUGGAGCAGCCACAGAUAUUUAGAAGGGGCAGGGGGUUCUCCAAUCUUACCAUUUGGGGUAUUUAUAUGUUAGUUUAAAUUCUCCCUGUAUGCGUAGAAGGAUCAGUGAAUGUGAGACCCUUGGAAAUUGACAAAAUAACACCCCCAAUACCCUUAGGGCAAGUCUGAUGGAAAGAAAAAGAUAACCCAUCAGUGGGGUAGAUGCAAUAAGCCCACAAGUUUUUACACUGGAAACUGAUUGUUUUGAAUAACAAAGAUGUAUGGGAUAUUCUAUGUGGACCCCUGUAAAGAAUGGAUUCUGCCUCCGUCCCACCUCCAUGCCACCUCUAGGAGACAGAGGCCACCUGUGUGUCUCUCUGCAUGCCAAGCUGCUGGCACAUCUCCCUGCUGCUCCCUCAAGUGAAGGAAAGGUCUCAUGAAACAAAGAUCUUGGCAAGUGUGCACAUGAUGCUGAGCAGCGAGUGUGGCCAGAGCAUGGGUCCUUCUGGUGUAGUGGCCAGGAAGUUUCCAAGUUCCCUCCUUCAUGCUGAAGGGCAGUGGCUACCAGCAGAGACGACAGGUGCCAUGAGCCCAGCCCGUCUCCAUAUCAUCAAGGGUCUUCCUGCACUUGGUCUGGGGCUCUGUGUUUGAAGUUGAGGCUUUAUUCUUUCCAGCCUCUUGGGUUCUUGCAAGUUGCCCUCACCUUGUGUGUGGAGAUGGACUCCAAGAGCGAGGACUCGUCCUGCUACUGAUUGAGGGUGGGGCUCAGGGAAGCUCUUUAGGUAAAGGUGCAGAGGAAGGACAGAACGUCUCUUUUGGCUUCUCUGAGCAGCCACACAGGUGAUCUUUAGAGCCAGCCCCAAUGAGAGGAAAGGUCAGAGAUGGUCAGUCCACUGUGGCCCACAUAGGGAAAAUUGCCAGGCAGCUGAGUGCACCAGUGUGGCUGAUACAGUUUGAGGAGGCACAGACGAUGCUUGGAGCUGGGUGCCUGGCUGGGGAGAUCAACUGGGCAAGACCAGGAGCUCCUAACAGCAGUGUCUCUGAGCCUUGCUGGGGUAUGGGCCCUCCCCUUCUCUUCUCCACCUCCUAUCCAAGGAAGGUUUGCAGAGCUGGGCAGUUGAGGAAAGGAGAGCCACUGGCCGGUGCCUCCAAAGGAAGGUGGACCCUUUCGGCAGAGCUGUUCCUGCCCCGGGCACCCUUCUGCCCCCUACUCAUACCUAUGGCCUUUGUAGAAGGCCCACAGCUGUGGUCUCCUGGUAGACUGCAAAAAAGAUGGCAUGCUGUCACCUGGCAUUUUGCUGGGGGUCUCUCAUGGGGACACUACCACCAGCCCCGUAGGGCAUGGAGUGGAAACCCAGAGGGGCUUAGUCUCAAUCGUACGUCUCAGUGGGCUCCUGCAAAAUGCACAGAAUUGGGGACAAAAAAGACAAGGAGAGGCUCCCUUUGUUACAGAUGGGAAAGAGCAGCUUUGUGAAUGCAAACAUACCUCCUGAGUUUUGCAUUUGAGAAGAUGAUUUGGAGAGCAGCUCUUCCAGUACUUUAUAUUUUGAA